AUAAGACGGUUUAAAUUGAAGAUAAAUGAAAGGACUGGGUUUUCUCGAGGGGGGGAAUACGAUUCAAACGAGAGCUUCACAGCAUCCCUUUUGUAAGUACCCAAGAAAGUAUUCCUUGCUUCAAAGCUUGGUUGGAGGCGUGCCCGGCAGCUUCCUCAGUCCGAGCGAGAGGGAAGCGGGGUGUGUCAGUCACUCAGUCUGGCUAAAACUAAGCAGCCACGCAGACCUCACAGCAGAUUGACUCACGAGUGGACACCCGGUCAGUCAAUGCGCUCCGUCACCGGAGCCACUGUCAGAAACGCACGUUCUCUGUAUGUGUAUCCUGGGAACUUCGUGAAUUAAGAUAUCACUAUUUUGUCACAGAAGCUUACAUUGACUGAGAAGUGCAAGGAUAUAUAUAUUUUUAAAUAGCAUGUACUUUGGAAGAAAUAUGAAGGACUUACCUGCCUCCCGAACUCUUGCUGUGGCAGUUUUGGUGAUGCUUCACGUUUUAAAGACAGACUCGUCCAAGGUAAACGUGCCACGGCUACGUCUCUCCUACAAAGAUCUCCUGGCCACAAACAGGUCGUCCAUAUUCAUUGGACACGGAGGCUUUCUCAAUUUAAGCUCCAUGUUUCUGGAUGAGUAUCACGACCGGCUGUUUAUCGGAGGGAAGGAUGUUCUGUACUCUCUACGCCUGGACCCCAACAACAUUGACUCGAAAGAGAUUUACUGGCCCCCACUGCCAGGUGACAAGGAGGACUGUGUUCUCAAGGGCAAAGACCCCCUGAGCGAAUGUGCUAACUAUGUCCGGAUGCUGCACCCUUACAACCGGACUCACCUGCUCUCCUGCUCCACCGGAGCCUUCCAGCCCAUGUGUGCCUUCAUCUACGUGGGGCACAGGGGAGAGCAUGUGUUCAGGAUGGACCCUGCUAGCGUGGAGAACGGGCGGGGCAGGUGCCCCCAUGACCCCAGCAAGCCCUUCGCAAGCACCUUCAUCGGUGGUGAGCUCUACACAGGGCUGACGGCAGACUUCCUGGGUCGGGAUUCAGUGAUUUUCCGCAGUAUGGGCUCCCGCUCCACCAUGAGAACAGAGACUGACCAGCGGCUGCUACACGAUCCAAAGUUUGUGGCGGCUCACUUGAUCCCGGACAAUGACGAUCGCGACAAUGACAAGGUCUAUUUCUUCUUCACUGAGAAGGCCAUGGAGGCCAAUGGCAAAAGUGGCGCCAUCUACAGCCGUGUAGGGCGUGUGUGUGCGAACGACGCGGGCGGUCAGAGAGUGCUGGUUAACAAGUGGAGCACCUUCAUCAAGGCCAGGCUGGUGUGCUCCGUCCCCGGACCUCACGGGAUAGACACGCACUUUGACGAGCUGGAGGAUGUCUUUCUGCUGAGAACGAAGGAUGAGAAAAACCCAGAGGUCUACGCAAUAUUCAGCACCAUCAGCAAUGUGUUCCAGGGUUUUGCAGUGUGUGUCUAUCGCAUGGCGGACAUCCGUGAGGCGUUCAACGGCCCCUUUGCCCACCAGGAGGGUCCGGACUACCAGUGGGGUGCCUUCGAGGGCAGAGUGCCCUACCCGCGACCCGGCGUGUGCCCGAGCAAGAUCACGAACCAGCCGGGCAGGCAAUUUGGCAGCACCAAGGACUACCCGGAUGGAGUGCUCCAGUUUGCCCGCAGUCACCCGCUCAUGUCCCAGCCAGUGUACCCGGCCCUGCGGCAGCCUGUGCUGGUCAAGACCAACUUGGAGUACCGGCUGCGGCACAUCGUGGUGGACCGCGUGGAGGCCGAGGACGGGCAGUACGACGUCAUGUUCAUCGGCACGGAUGCUGGUUCUGUGCUCAAGGGGAUCGUGUUGCGCAGCGGAAACUCCCUCCACACUGAAGAGGUAACCCUGGAAGAGCUGCAGGUCUUCAAGGUGCCAACACCCAUUACCUCCAUGAAGAUCUCUGUCAAACGGCAAAUGCUGUAUGUGGGCUCGCAGGUGGGAGUGGCACAGCUGAGGCUGCAUCGCUGCGAGACGUACGGGAAGGCAUGUGCGGAGUGCUGUCUGGCACGGGAUCCCUACUGUGCCUGGGACGGGGUCUCCUGCACCCGCUACCAGCCCCACAACAAGAGGCGCUUCCGCAGGCAGGAUAUCCGCAAUGGAAACCCAGUCCACCAGUGCCUGGACCAGAACCUCAGUGUGGAAGACCUGGACAGCGCAGAGGAGAAGGUGGUGUACGGGACGGAGAACAACAGCACCUUCCUGGAGUGCGUCCCCAAAUCUCCCCAGGCCACUGUCACCUGGUUUGUGGAAAGAGAUGACCGCAGAGAUGAGGUGAAGACGGAUGAGCGGAUGAUCCGGACGGAGCAGGGCCUGCUGUUCCGCAAGGUGUUCCGGCACGACGAGGGGGUGUACGUGUGCCAGUCGCAGGAGCAUGGCUUUGCCCAGACACUGCUGCGCAUCUCCCUGGAGGUCCUGCGCGGGGAGACACUGGUGGAGCUCUUCAACAAGGAGGGCGGGGCCGGAGAAGAGUGGGUGGGGUACCGGCCCCUGCCUUGUCAUACCCAGCGGGCCACGCCCCACAGCCGCUCCUGGUUCAAGGACAUCAUGCAGCUGAUUGGUCCAUCCAACCUGCCUCGCGUGGAGGAAUACUGCGAGCGGGUCUGGUGCAGUGAUAAGCAGAGGCGCAAACACAAGGCCAUGUUGAACAAGUACAAGCUGGCACAGGAGAGCGGGCGCAAGGCACGGAACAAGGGCUCGGGCGAGAGGCACAGGAUCCCACGCUCGGUUAGAGACACGUAGGGUAAUUUCACCUCAUGAACGCUGUCCUGGCUCUGGGGCUGAGAGGGCAAGGACUUGGCAGGAGAGAAGUUCUUCAGCUUGGUGAAAGACAUUUCUAGGAGUAAGCAGCCUGCUACUCUCAGCUCUUGGCCUAUCUGAACUCUGUUUGAAACACCAGACUGUAUCUCUCAGUCGAGGCUAACUAGUGACCACUCCAAGGCAACUUGGAUCAUGAAAAGGCUCUUGCAUAAACUUUUUAAACCCUUCUUUCUUUCUUGUAAAAUAGUGUAAACGGGUCUCCUUCGGACCGCACAGCUGUUUCGGUGUGUGGACAGUUUGAUAUCUCUUUCCACCACAUUCUGUAGUUUGUUCACACGGUACUCACAAAUACACGCUCAUUAUCACUCGCUGGCCAGAUAUCCCCAGCUACAUUCCCAGGGAUUAUGCUUGCAGCCUGUGAAACUCUCUUGAUUAUUUAUUUUACAGAAAGGAACUUUAUUUUUUUUUUCAAAUAAAUCUGCUGUGAAGGUGUGGAGUCGAGAAAAAGCAUGGGAGAUUUACUGCCAAACUUACGUGACGAAAGUUGGUCAUUCAACUGAGAAGCUGCCAUCAUGUUACCAGCAAAAACUGACAACUCGAUCAGCAAACCAGUACUUUUACUGGCAAAAGUGGGCCGUAUUUAUUGGCAGACCCGAUUCCCCAAUCAAUGUCUGUUUCAUUGUUAAAGCAUCACCUGAUAUGUUUUUUUCUGGUAAAACCUAAUCAUUUUACUGACAGAACACAAAGCUUUCACCCUGACAAAACAUGCCCUUUCUCAUUCUCAUUCUCCAGCAAACAAAAGCUGAGAGUUCUGCUGUCUGCUGGGAUAUUUUUACAGGCAAAAGCUGGAUCAUUUUCCCUGACACCCCAUUUUUUUUCUGACAUUGUAAUGAAGUUGACCAAGCCAAUUAAUGUGAUACAUACUGAUCAUUUUACUGGAGAAAAGAAAGUUACGUACGUGUUUUAGCCGACUGACAUUUUUAGUUUACUUAUUUAUGUGAUAAACUGUACUUUGCGUACCACUUGCAGUUCAUUCUUGUUGCCCUUGUUGACUUACUGUAGAUAGCGUUUGCUGUACAGCAGUCCCUCAUUCUGUUAGCAGUCCAUUUAGUUUUAAUGGUCUUGAAUUUGGAAGUCAUCAUGGCAAAAACAAAGACAUUGAGCAACUGAUUAAACUAUAGUAUCAGUCAUUAACUGUUGUGUCUGGUAUUGGUAUUGGUAUAUCUAUAUACUGUAUAUAUGAAAACACUACCUUCGUUCAACCAAUGCAGCUGUCCAUAUGGUAGCCCCUUGCACAGCAGCGGCAAUGCAUUGCCAUUGAAGACCAUUAGGAAAUCCUUCAAGUUUUUACAUCAUUCUCCUUUCCCAAAGGAUCAUCAUAACAGAAUGCUGAAUCUAACGGUAGAACUGCAGGAACCUUUGUUUUUGCCUGGAAAGACUCCAGAAUCCUGGUUCAUAUAUAUUAAAAAAAAAAAAAAAAAUCUACAGAUUGAAAUGACUUCACUAAAUAAUUGUGCAAAGCCACAGAAUGACACUGAUUACCUAAAGGAUUGUUCAAAUAAACUGUUCCUGACAUCGUACAGGCCUUGCAAAAUGACAGCUAGCGUGGAGCACACCAGAGAUUGACCAUUGCCGGUCUAUACGGAACUGAGGGGACCACCCCUGGAAGAAGUGUGUGUAAUUUAAUAAUGUAUUUAUAUGCUAUUUAAUGACCUCCCUCAUGCAUGUAUCGGAGUGAAUUGUUUUUUUUUAUUUUAUUUUUUGUAAUUUUUUGAGCACAGCAUGGGUUUGUGUUUUUUAUUGAAUUUUUUUCAAUAUACUUUUCUUUUGUUUUUUCCCUUAUAAAAGCUCUUGCCAAGGCAAUAAAACUUGUGUUGGUUAUGAUGUGCAUUUUGCUCAUAGUGGGGCUUCAUUACAAGCGACUGCUGCAGCCUCUGCUGAUCGGAAACACGACUUUACUGGAUAUUGCUGCCAAUGAAGGGAACACAGUACAGGGCAGCUGAGUUGUCUGGCGUGUGAUAGAGGCACAGCCAGCUAACUCUCUGCAGUACUCCAGGGCUGUCAAAUGAUGGAUUCUGUAAUUGUGCCCACUAACGUUACAUUCACAGAUAGAUUUGAUUCUCAUUGCUUGCAAAUCAUUAGCAUGAUUUUUUUUUCAGCAGGAGAUAAAAACACAAAGUUAUCAAACCAGAAAUAAACAACUUGUGUAUUUAAUUCAGGGGCUUCGUAAGUUAGUCAACAGUUGUUUUUUAUUCGUUGUAGAAUUGUACUGGAACUGGUGGCAAAAAACUGUGCUGUUUUUCUACAGCUAUUUUCCAUUCCCAAAAUCUACUGUGGCAAUCCAACACCCAGGGACAUUUGACAUCAGGCCAAUUCACAUCAAAGGGUACCUGCGUGUGGGAACCAAGGAAGCUGUUACAUGCGAUACGGGAGCUGGGUUCUGGCUCCAAUGCUUGGAUUCUUCCAGGAACAAGACUCUCGUUCAACUGCAGCUCGGAGAGCGAGUGGAAGGGAGACACCUUGCACAGGAGGUGGAAACACAGUUAUGGUGUUCCAGUGUUCCGUAUCCCAGCCAAGGGCUUACUCAGCUCUGUUUAAAACCACAGUCUGGCUCGAACACAUGACUUUAAUUGCAGAGCAUGUACUGUGUUUCUGUGUUUUCUUUGUUUGGAUGUUUGUUUCUAGGAGAGAUUGUGAUUCCUUAAUGACUUGUUGGAUUGAUUUGAAAAUCUAUGUAAAGCUUUGUAAUGGUGGGGGAAUGAAACACGCACAUUUGCAGACUGUAAUAAUGAGGCGUUCCCCUAAAACACCGACCCCACCAGCUAUUAAUACACAGAGUACCCCACUCUCAGUGUGCAGGAACGCAUUCCACACAGAUGUUGAUGAACGCGCAUGAGCCAAACAGCUGGAUUACAUUUUCACUUCUUUCUCCCAGCGCAGCUCGACUCCCUCUCCCCCGCGCCACACCUGUUCUCCCCCAUGCCCUUCAUUCUAUACAGAGACCUUGUCAAGGCCGAUGAAAUGUUGCUCUCGAGCCUCAUAAAAGUAUUAGCAAGCAAACUGCU